CGCAGAAAACGAAAGAAGAUUAGAACUCAUCAACCGCUGGAACAAACACGUUAGUUAGUUCUCGAUUGCGUAGAUUAUUUUCGUGAACCGGUUGUUCAUUUCGUGGCUUUUCGGUGUACGUGAAGUUUCGCGACAAUAUUUUUACAAUUAUCGGUACCUAUUUCCUCAAAAACAUUUAAUAGUGAAGAAUACUGCAGUAAUUGGAUAAUUGAAGAGUUCUAAUUUCUAAAAUUCAAGUAAAAAUGUUGAAUAACAAGAAAAGAAGAUGGGAAUUACUGUUUUCAAUAUGUUUUUUAGCAUUAACUGUUGUACAAGCACAAAAAAGGCCUCCUAAUUAUAGUCAAGAUGAUAUGCCAAUUACGAGUUUUAGUUGUCACAAUAGAAUUGUCGGUGGCUAUUAUGCUGAUCCAGAAACUGAUUGUCAGAUGUUUCACGUUUGCGUGAAUGUACCAGGCGUUGGGAUCCAAGAUUUUAGAUUUUUAUGUCCCAAUGACACGACGUUUGAUCAAGAACAUCAAAUUUGUGAUGAUUGGUACAACAUCGAUUGUGAAUUAGCUCAAUAUGAUAGUUUCGAUCUAUACAGAAUAGGGGUCGAUAAUGAAAUCAAAAAACCAUCUAUACCCAAGAAACCUGUGAUAGCCAAUAAAGGCACUCCUAUUCCAUUGGGACCCUCUAGCACUGUGAAACCAUUGAAUGUUGUCGCCCCCAAGAAAAAUAUCUACACUUCAGUGAACAAUGGAAUUAGCGACGAUGAAGAUUAUUAUAGCAAGCAUGGUAACGCUGUAUCUGACGAAUCCAAAGUUCCCAACGAUAUUUUAAGAGGUAGCCACUCCAGCAAUUUUUACGACAGUAAAACCAAAGGCAGAGAAGAUUACGAAAACGACUACGUAGCACCGAAUACUGGAGUGAAAAAACAAGAACUCAGUCAACCAUCCGAUGGUAAAAAGCACAAAACUCUCGUGAGAAAGCUGGCCAGUAAACGUCCAGUUCAAAACCACAACAACCAACAGAACUACAACAACGUCAAUUACAAUCCAGCUCAAAAUACCCAACGAGCGCAGAAUAAUCAAAGCGAAUUCGCCAACAAUGCCAAUCAACAGCAGAAAAAUCGAGGCAAUGUAAACUACAAUACUUACACAAAAUCGCAACAACAAGAUUUCCAAGAUUUCCAACGCAUACCAGCCACCGGUGGUCCAAAUCUGUAUCAAAAAAUCAACAAUUUGACCGAAGAGAAUAAUUACCAAGAGAAGAAACAAGAUGCGAACAGGAAUUACGAAAGCACCAAUAACUUCAGGUCGCAAUCGAAAUUCAGACCUUCGUCGAAAUUCACCACCGCUGUUCCCAUCACCACUGCUGAAGUACGUCUGCCAUCAACCGAAUACUUGCAAAAUAUCGCCAAUAACUUCCAGCAACCAGCUACCCUGAUCAACAACCAAUUACAAGACAGUGGAGAAUAUCGUAAACCAACAGAAUAUCAAGGAUAUAACAACCAAGCCUACGAUUAUACCUAUCAACAAUUCAAACAACCGACUAGUAACCAAGCUCCUACCGCGAAAUAUCAAACUGUAUCUUCGCAAAAAUACUACGAAACUUCUACGGCUUUCCCCGAUCAACGGAAAUCCACUGAAUUCCAAAGCUUCUAUUACCAACCUAAUACUACAGUUUUUGAUUAUCUCAAGUAUUAUCAAACUUCGACGACCAGUUACCAACAAAAAGCUAAAAAUUACUACUCGACCACUACCACAACCACAUCGACGCCAAAAUACGAUCCAUACGCCACGUUCCAAAAAUCGAACGAGAAAUACGACGAAGAUGAAUUCUUAAAAACUGCCCCUAGUUCGAAUUUGAAACCAAGCGAUUUGAAUACCAUUUAUAAUCAGAAGAAAAACGCCUACAUUAACGCUACCUUGAAAGCAGCCUAUAACAUCGAACCACACAAGGCCAGUUACUAUCAAGCUAUAGCCACAUCUUCGCAAGCACCACGAGUCAAUUACAAUCCAACGACCACUCCAGCUACGAAAAAUUAUUACCAAACUCCAACCACGACUCAAAAUAUUUACCAACCGGCUGUAAGCAGUGCCCAGCAGAAUUAUCAACAAUCGGCAGCUAGUCCUCAGCAACCAAACAAUUACUACCAGACCUUCAGCACAGCCGCCCCACAAAAGAAUUACUACCAGUCAUCUGCUACGAAUGCUCCACAAAACACAUAUUUCUCACCCGCAGCCACCAAUGCACCACAAUUCUACCAAUCGGUAGCUACGAGCACCCCUCAACCUCAAAAUAAUUUCUAUCGUCAAGACGCUGUGAACACUCAACAAACUAAUUUCUACCAAUCUCCAGCCACCAAUGUACCUCAAAAUAACUUCUAUCCUUCGGUUGCCACUAAUCCACCUCAAAACGUGAACUACCAAGCUGCAACUAACACCCCUCAAAAUAAUAAUUUCCAAACAGUGACGACUAAAUUGCCACAAAAACCCAAUUAUCAACCAGCUGCAGCCAAUCCAACGAAGCCUGCCUCGGGAAAGCAAACAUCUUUUACAGCAGCUCCUACUUCGAAAACAUCCUUAGCAAAUAACCAAACCAAGAAACCAGGCAAUGAAAAAGCUGAUUACGAUUAUGCUUACUACGAUAAUGGAGGUGGCUCGGCUGAAUACGACACUAUUGACGCCGUUGGCGAAGAUUUUGCCAGAAUUAAGAAAACCAAACAGUAAAGAGAAGCCAUAAAAAAUUAACUUAGUGUACUUUUGUGAAAUGAGACUGCGUCUUUAUUAUUUCUCUAGUUGAGUCGAGAGUGUAAUUAGUAAGCGUAAGGUAUUGCAGAACGAAAAAUAUUUUUCUGCCAUAAUUCGUGAAAAUAAAAUUAAUAGGUACCGAUAGAUUAUAGGUACCUAUUCUAUGAAACAAUGGCGAUUCGUGGAAACAUUCAAAUUUACCUAUAAGUUAUUGAAAAAAUAUUUGUUAAAAAUAGUCAAUAAAAGUGUAAAUAAAUUUAUGACAUUUAUAUUUUAAGUGAGUAGGCAUUUGCCUGAUUUUCAGUUAUAUUUAUCUUAUUUUAUACCUACGUAUGUAUAUCUUAGGUGUAUCUUCUUUGAUAUUUGCCUAUCCGUUGUAAUAACGUGAGGGAAAAAAUCGUGUGCAUUUCUUUACCUAAAAAUUACUUUUAUUUUUAUUUUCCCAUGUAAGUAUUGUACAGAAAUAUGAUUAUUUUUGUUUCAUUUUUAUUGUUAUAAAAAAUGUUUCUAUUGCGCGCGUGUACGUCGUGCUUAGUUUUUUAUUUCAUAUAGAUAGGUAGGUACAUACAUUUGUAUGUUUAAAUAUAUAAUACCUGAUUUUUUAUUUUUUUUUCAAUGAAAAAUGCAGCUCAGCUAUGAUUAGCUGUGAUAUUUGUUAGUAAAUUAAUGAAGUCAGUUUUCAAUGACAUACUUACCUAAAUCUAAGAACUUGCCUCGAGAAUUAUCAAUGUAAUGAGAAAUUUGAAUACCAUCAUGUCAGAAAAAGUGAUUACAAUAUAAAUAAACGUAUUUGUACAGGUUUUUAA